AUGAAUGUGGGGAAGUGUGAGUAUCUGGUGGUUGGGAGCGACAUAGUGGAGAACCUGCCUUUAGAAGAUGGAGAAGUCAAGGGGGUCAGAAGAGCUAAAUAUUUAGGAGUGAUAUUUGACAAGUCUGGAAGCAGUGUUGUGGAAAUUGAGGAGAGGAUUCAGAAGGAAAGGAAAGUGACAAGGGCUUUUAAUUUUGUUUGGUGGGAUAGGGGUGUGUCAAAGAAAACAAAGAAGAGGAUUUAUAAGUCUAUGGUGCAGAGUGUGGUAUUGUAUGGCUUGGAAGUCUGGGAGUUGAAACAAAGGAACACUGGGAAGUUGUUGGCUACGGAGAUGGAUGUACUCAGGAGGAGUUGUAGGAAGACAAGAUUGGACAGGGUGAGGAACGAAGAUAUUAGAAGAGAAAUGGAAGUGGAAGGAGACAUAAUAGAUGAGGUUCAAAGAAAACAGUUGGUCUGGUUCGGCUAUAUAAAUAGGAUGGAGGAGGGUCGGCUCCCACGGCAGGUUAUGAACUGGGUUCCACCUUGGAGGAAAAAGAGAGGACGACCCAGGCGCAGUUGGCGGAUGGGGAUUCAGGAGGCAAUGGCGACGAGAGGCCUUGAGAUUGGCGACUGUGCCGAUAGACAGCUUUGGAAGCUGGGAGCGGAGAGACGGCGCGAGCUGUAG